GAUCUUUCAUCUUUGACGAUCACUGGCUUGAAGAACUUGCCGAAAGGAUUUCACUGCCUGACUUGCCUGAAAAGCUUGUCAAUUGGUGGGUUCAUGGAAGGGUUUGAUUUUAGGCCUCUUUUACACCUUGAAUCUCUUGAAAAUCUAGCAUUGAUAGACUUUGGCAUUGCAGAAAGCACACUUCCAGGCGAACUUCAGCACCUCACUGGCUUAAAGCAUUUGAAAAUUGUUGGCUUUCAAGGCAUUGAAUCUCUACCAGAGUGGUUUGGAAAUCUUAUCUCAUUGGAAACUUUGCACCUUGAAAGUUGCAGAAAUUUGAGAGAGCUUCCAGAAGCUAUGGGUUGCCUUGCCAAAUUGGAAGAACUGCGCAGUUUCAAUUGCCAUGAGCUCAGGCUUCGCCAAGAAGAAUCAGAAUGGUCCAAGAUUUCGCACGUUUCGAGAUUCAUAUCGUUCAAUUAUUGGGUCGAUGAGGACCAACAGAGGGUUCAGUUCAAAGUCUGCCACAAGCCUAGCUAGUGGCUCAUGUCAGGAACGAAGCAUGGAGAACAAUAUUGAUAUGAAUCAAGACAUCUCAAUCGAUUCAUGCCAUGCAUUUUGUGAUGAACAAAGUGGCUACAUGAACUCAUAAAGAUUUUGAACAAUAAACGAGGAAUAUAAUAAGAUAUUAGAUAGAGAAAGAGUAAGGCCCAACUUCCUCGCUGGCACACCGCCCAGUGUUUGGCUCUCUUUGGCUCGUUAUGUAUUGUCGUCAGCUUCAUGAUUUUAAAACAUGUCUACGAAGAAGAGGCUUCCAUAUUCUUGUAAGAUAAUGAUAUGGGAUCUCACAUGAUCAACGAUAUGGGAUCUUACAUGAUCAAUGAUAUCCCUGUAUAGAUAAUGAAAAAUGAUCAACGAUACCUGUUUAGAAAAUGAAGAAAAGGGUGACAAAAAAAUUGAAACGUACUUCUUGGUCGUGAUUUGUACGAUCCAUUUAGUAUAAUAAGAAAUAAUGAAAGAACAAAAAGAAAACCUCUCACCUUCACAUCUUUAAUUUGGUUUUAGCAUUCAUGAUCUUUGUCUUUUGGUUUAAGAAAACGACAUUCCCUUUGUCACUUUGAUCCAUAUUGUGUUCUUGUUGGUUCUUAAUUUUUCAAAAGAAUAUGACUUUCCUUUCCUAUUUAGUCAUCGUCUUUACUCUUCCAUCCUUCCCUCUCCUUUUAAAAGCUCACCAAAACCCACUCAUAAUCCCCCAUGUUUAACACCACAAGUUCUAGAGAUGCCAACUUUUUCUCUCAAUUUCGUCCUUCUAUUCUCUCUCAUUUGCAUCUCGGGCGCAGAGAUUUCAAGCAAGAUAGGUAUCAACUAUGGCCAACUUGGGAGCAACCUUCCACCUCCAAGCCUCGCCAUUGAAAUGAUCAAAUCCAUGAAAGCCGGCCGAGUGAAGCUUUAUGAUGCCAACCAUGAAAUCUUGAGACUUUUAUCAGGAACAAACCUUCAAGUCUCCAUUAUGAUACCCAACAAUGAAAUUUCAGACAUUGCCAACAACCAGACAAGAUCAGAUGAAUGGAUCCUAAACAACGUUGUUCCCUUUUAUCCUGAUACCAUGAUUCGGUUCAUUCUUGUCGGCAAUGAAGUUCUGAGCUAUGCAUCUGAUAGGGAUCGCCAUGUUUGGACUGACCUUGUGCCUGCCAUGAGAAGGGUUUGGCAGUCCCUCAAAGCUCAAAACUUGCAGAUCAUUAGAGUGGGAACUCCGGUGGCUAUGGACGUUUUGGAGACGUCGUUUCCACCGUCUAUUGGGACGUUUAGAUCGGAUAUUCGACGUACUGUGGUGGCUCCGAUGCUGGAGUUCUUGAAUGAAACGAGGUCUUUCUUCUUCGUGGAUGCAUAUCCAUAUUUUCCAUGGUCAGCAAACCCCAUGGAUAUCAACUUGGAUUUUGCCCUUUUCAAUGGAAACUUUGAACAGAUCGAUCGGGGAAGUGGGUUGGUCUAUACUAAUCUCUUGGACGAAAUGCUGGACUCUCUUAUAUUUGCCAUGACAAAACUUGGCUACCCGGAUAUUCGCCUCGUGAUAUCGGAGACCGGGUGGCCAACCACCGGUGAUAUCGAACAGCCAGGCGCGAAUCUCCUCAACGCGGCAAUGUAUAAUCGAAAUCUAGUAAAGAGGAUAAUGGCAAAGCCUACAAUUGGGACACCAGCGAGACCAGGGGUGGUUAUACCGACGUUCAUAUUCGCUCUCUUCGACGAGAACCAAAAGUCAGGGCCAGGGACGGAGCGACAUUGGGGGCUACUGAGCUCGGACGGGAGUCCAAACUACGACAUCGACUUGACGGGAACGAAGUCAUCGGUGGAGUAUGAUCCGAUACCCGUGGUGGAGAACAAUGUGCCAUUCAGAGGAAGGUUAUGGUGUGUGGCAGCGAGAGGCGUGGAUUUGAUGGAGCUCGGGGCAGCAGUGACCGACGUGUGCAACGGAGGAGACGGAAUAUGCGAGGAGCUGACGCCGGGGAGGGAGUGUUAUGAGCCAGUAUCAGUGCAUUGGCAUGCAAGCUAUGCUUUCAGCUCAUAUUGGGCGAGGUUUAGGAGCCAAGGAGGAAGCUGCUAUUUCAAUGGACUGGCUGAAGAGACAACUACUGAUCCUAGUAGCGGUCUAUGCAGGUUCCCAAGUGUGAUAUUCUAAAGAAUGUAUUUUUUUUUUUUUUUCAUUUUUUCCCCAAGGGAGAGAUUUGCAUAGUCAAUUUUAUAUUUAGGAGAUUUAUUUUUGGAACAAUUUUUGUAUCUUUUUUUAUAUGCCUUUCAAAUUAAUAAA